AUGAUGCCAAGAAUUCAAGCUCGAAACGGCAAUAUUCUCGGAUUUUUGCUUAUUUCAUUUGUUGGCGUGGUUUUUGGUCAAGGAUGUCCGCCGGGCACAGUCGAUGUACCGGGAAGACCGUAUUGUGUACACUUUACGCCGAAGAUGACGUUCAGCGACGCGCAAGCUCAUUGCGAGAGCUAUCACGGGAUCCUCGCGCAACCAAUUGAUAUCUAUGAUGAUCGACUGAUCGGAUUGGUUCUGCAGAAUUACACGAAAACCGGGUAUGCGUGGGUUGGCGCGGUGCAGGGAGCCGAUGGAAUACUCGAAUUUGUCAACGGUGGAGAAGCAGGGACAAAGCAUCAAGUUUUUGGCAUCUAUCCAUUUUGUGCUCAAAAUGCGGGCGGCUUCACAAAGCAUUUACAGCAAUGCAUCGACUCAAGAGGAAGCAGUGAUCCUUGCGAUAAUUACAUCAAUCGAAUGGAGUGUGGCAUUGAAACGGUGUCCACGAUCUCGAAGCAGCCAAUCCGCGACGCGCAUCUUGUGCAGGCUUUUGUGCAAAGUUUUCACAACUACAUAAAUCCAUCGUAUUUGAAUCGAAGCUUUGGCGAGGAUUGCGAGACGAAAUUCACAACUGUACUCGAUUCCGACUUGCACACGUCUCAAGAUCAAAUCGAAGUCUGCAUUUUGUUGCACACGAAUGGACGCUGGUAUUUCGCCGAUUGUGCAAUGUCGAUGAGCGGCAUUUGCAUGAUGCCGAAAAUUCAAUCUUGCCCGCAGGGAUGGUCAUAUUUGUCGUUCUCAAAUGCUUGUUAUAAGGUCGUCAACGCUGAAACAGCGGUGAGUCAACCGGAAGCCGAAAGUCUCUGCGAGGAAAUGAAUGGAAUGUUGGUGUCGCUGACGAGCACACAGGAAAUUCUAUCGCUACUUGGAAUGGUUUUGAACACAAAGGGCUCAACGAACGAUCGCUUUUGGACGGGGCUCUCAUGUCAAAAUGGGGCAUGGGAAUGGAGUGAUGGCAGUCCGUUUACUUUUGAUCCAUUCUUGGAAAAUAGUGGACAACGCAAAAAGCGCGAUCUCCAACCAGUGGCCGUUGUUGAGCAAACGAAUGGAACGGUGACCUCCACAAGCCCGAUGAGCAAUUUGACGAUACCCGAGGCCCAGUGCGAGACGGGAGCCAUUUGCACGUUAAACCCGACAAUCGCUUCCCUCUCGGGCGCGCCCGUGUUCGGCUACACUUUCGCUUGUGACUCAUUCGCUCCAUCCAAUAAUUAUAUUUGCAAGAUUCAAAUG